CCCCUCCCCCUCCCCCCCCCCAAUAAACACCCUCUCCCCUACUCACACACACAGACGCACAGAGCGGUGAUGGGGUCCUGCUUCUGGGGUGGGGGGAGUUAGGGUAAUGGGGGGGAUGUGGGGAGGUAGCGUGUGGAGGGGUGGGGAGCGCUUGGGAGUAAUGUAUGGGUAGAGGGGGGGGGGUUGGGGAGGAGUUUUGGGGAUCUUUGUUGGUUGGGGGGCAUGCAACAGGAGUUUAAGGGUGGAUUUUUUGAGGGGAUAGGGCACCCCAUGGUUCUGGGAGCACUCUGUGGGAGGAGACACAGAGAGACACUCCCGUAUUCUUAUGAGGACACCCCCGUUAAUGUGAUAAUGACUGGAAGUGGGAGGUGGGUGCGCAAUAAUUUUAGGGGAGUGAACCAAAUGCCCCUCUCCCCCCAGUGGUAGGAAGGGUUUGGAUGUGGGGAGGUGGAGCUUUUUGGGGACCCUCCCCCUCAUAAGAUGUUAUAGGGGCAGAGCUGGGCCUCCCCACCCCACAGAACAAUGGUGGUGGUGAUGCUUCUGCUGCUGCUCCUCCUGGCCCUGAUCUGGGGGGGGGCACCCUGGUGGGGGAGGCCACCGUGGGGGGGGGCCCUGCACCUCCUGCACCCAGGGGGACCACAGCACCUCCACGUCCUCACCCGGACCUACGGGGACCCGUUGUGCCUGCGCCUGGGGGGGCGUGAGGUGGUGGUGCUGAGCUCUGCAGGCGCCAUCCGUGAGGCACUGGCACGGCGCUGGGGGGACUUCGUGGGACGCCCCCACAGUUACCUGGCGUCCCUGGUGUCACGGGGGGGCCAGGACCUGGCGCUGGGGGACGCGUCCCCAGAGUGGCGACGGCAGCGGGGGGCAACACGGGGAGCGCUGGCGCGGGCCGUGAGGCACCUGGAGCCCCUCCUGGAGCUGCAGGGCUGGGCACUGUGCCAGGAGCUGAGCUCUUACGGGGCUGCCCCAGUGGACCUGUUUGAGGCGUUCGCGUUCCACACCUGCAGCACCAUCUGCCGCCUCGCCUUCGGGGACCUGAUGCCCCCCGAGGCGGAGGUGCGCUCCUUCACGCGCUGUGUGGUGGAACUGCUGGAAGUGUGGGGCCGGGCCAGUGUGCAGGCGCUGGAUGUGCUGCCCCCGCUAAGGGCGCUGCCCAACCCAGGGCUGCGGGAGCUGCUGCGCCUGGUGGAGCGCCGUGACGCCUUCGUGGAGACCCAGAUCCGGUGCCACCAGGUAGGGACAUGGGGGCAUGGGGACGGGGCGGGGGGGACACAGCCCCAGGGAGUGACACAUGUGUCCCUGCAGGGCUGUGCCUCCCCCCCAGGGGACACGGUGCUGGGGGCGCUGCUGGGGGGGGACCCCGCUGUCCCUAUGGGGCCGCUGGGGGGGGACCGCCUGCACAUGGCCCUCGUGGAUCUCUUCAUCGGUGGCACUGAAACGACGGCAGCGGCUCUGCUGUGGGCUGUGGCCUUCCUGCUGCACCACCCCCAGGUGCAGGACCAGGUGCGUGCGGAGCUGCGCCAGGUGCUGGGCCCCACGGGGACCCCAAAGCCGGGGGAUAUGGGGCGACUGCCGCUGCUCCGUGCCACCGUCACCGAGACCCUCCGCCUGCGUCCCCCUGCACCCCUCGCGCUGCCCCACUGUGCCCGGCGCUACUCUAGCAUUGCAGGAAUCCCGGUACCUGCAGGAUCCAUCAUUAUCCCAAACCUCUUUGCCGCACACCACGACCCCAAGAUCUGGGACCGCCCUGAUGAGUUCCUGCCUGAGCGGUUCCUGCAGCCAGGGGCCCCAUGGCGAGCACUGCUGCCCUUCGGUUGUGGGGCACGCUCGUGUGUGGGGGAGGCACUGGCUCGGGCAGAGCUCUUCGUGUUUUUGGGGCACAUCCUACAGCGAUUCCGCCUGGAACCGCCACCUCACGGGGCUCUGCCCCACCUGGGGGUCACCGCCGGCACCGUGCUGCGCUGUGCCCCGUUCCACGUGCGCCUCGUGCCCUGCCCACCCUAUAGCUCCUGAGCCCAAUGUGUGGGAUGCGUGGGGCAGUGCUGGUUACUCGCAGCUUUAUUGACCCCCAUAAAGGCUCCGCUGCGCCCCACAA